GUUGACAGUAACUUGGGGACUUGAACACCUCCUCCUCCUCUCUUACCGGAUUGGUCCUCUUUAUCAGGCGUCUUGAGCUCCUUUCUUCUCCGCGCUGGUUGACGCGUCUGCGGCAAAAGGUGUUUUACGCCCACGGCUGGAGCAUUUCUGCAGAUGGCCUUGACUUUGGAAAUGCCAAAGUCAUAUCCAGCAGAAUUGCGCAUCAUCGACCUCAAUGUCGAUGACUUUUAUUCAUGUGGCAACGCUUGGUGAAGUUGUCAGAAAGAGACGCUUCAUGUGGUGCCUUCACGGUAUCCCCUGGGAUUGCAGCUCACACGCCAUCGCGGUCCUGGGAAGCAGUCUAUCCGCGCACAUCCAUACAUCUCGAGCAAAGAACCGUCCUCAUCUCUCCUUGUUUCACGAUGUCCAAGCCCAUAACACGCGAAGUCAUUGUUCAAUCCUCUGACAGGACUCCCAUCUGGGCCGAUGCCACUGGCUCGCCCACCAACCCGGCACUCGUCCUUAUACAUGGACUCGCCGGUACCGCAUUGGGAUUUGACAAGCAGGUGGCAGACGAGAGACUGAUUGAGAAGGUGUUCGUGGUGCGCUACGAAAUGCGGGGACAUGGAAGGAGUGGCAUGCCUCUUGAACUGGCGGAUUAUGCAUCCAAACAGCAUGCGGAAGAUUUCAAGGCUGUAUGCGAGGCAUUUGGGGUCAUCAAGCCUGUGUUGUUCGGAUGGAGCAUUGGUGCGGCCAUCGCUGUUGACAUUGCGGAGUAUCUCGGACCGGAAUACCUCUCUGGCGUGAUCUAUUGUGGAGGACCCACACUUUCGCUGUCCCUUUGCACCGUGACAAUCCCCAGUUCUUGGAUGCCAUUCAUGUCAUACGUUACGUCCUCCGACGGGAACGUCGCAGCCCGCUUCGCCUCGCGUUUCGUAGAAUCUUGCAUUUUCGACCACGAACGGCUCCUUCCAUGGCCUAUCAAGUUGCAAUGGAUGGCCGGUUUUGGAAUCCAGCCGCCAGUGGUGAGACAGCUCUCGACGGGACGCGAACAACAGGAAGGUCGCUGGAAGAGGGAGGCUCAUGGGUGGCCGGUGAUGCUGAUCCAUGGCACUGAGGACGAACAUUGCAUCCCGGAAGUCGUUAUCGCGCAGGCGAAGGAGAUUUAUGACAACGUAGAGGUCCAUCUUUUGGAAAGGGUCGGCCAUUCGCCACAUUUUGAGCGGCCAAUGGAAGUGAAUGCUCUGAUCGUAGCUUUUAUGGAGAAAUUGAGGGUCCCGUAGGCGAUGGGCACUGAUUGAAAGAGUCUCGAUGCGUGAAAGGGAGAAGUUGACGGAGAGACUUUCCAAAUCACGAUGGCUUCUACCAAUCAUACGCAUGCAGCGAUAUUCGGCCUAUGCGAUGAGGCAGAAGUCCUUGGUCACUGUGGUAUGACCUGAGGCAGUGUUGGAGGCUCUGAAAUUUCCUUUGAAGUUGAGAAUAGAUCGUGCAGUUAGUACGGUUCGGUGUCAUUUCGCGCUUUAGUGACUCAUCAGGCCCCGCAGAUAUUUCCUCAUCACCUUGAGUAGCGUUCAGGGUCUUCGACGUUGAGACGGC